AUGGUUCGACGCCCGAGAACGUUCCCGAAUGCGCUAUCUGAUGCUUCUGGGUGGGUUCGCUCGGCUGUUCCGACACUGCGGGCCCAUAGCAAUGAAGCUCGCACCUCCCUUAACAUGAGCCACGUCGAUGCCACACCAUCGCAGAUCCGGCUGCGAACACGGUGCCGCCAUACAACAAUGAAGCAAGACAUGCCUUUGCGAGAUCCUUUCGCGACCGAGGUUGAUUCGACCCUGCAAGCAGCCGGCCGUCCGCCGCAACGCUCUUCAAGACCCGGUCAAGCUCCGUUGCGCAAUGUCGAUGAGUCAUUCCACACGCAGCCAUCGCGACCAGCGCCAUCGCUAGGUGCACCUCGGCUUGUAGCAGCGGAAGCCACAGCUAGGGAUCGAGCAAUGGCAAGCCCAAGCUGCGAUGUUUCCGCUCCAUCACUUGGUCUUUCGCUUGGUGUGCCGCGCGGCCGGGCCAAAGCCAAUGUAGGUCAAGCCGACGACUCGGCUGUCGUCGCUGGACCAUUGAAGCAAGCAGAUGACGCUGUUCGCAACACCGACUCCGAUGCCCUCCUUUCGCGUCUCUCGGCUCUCAAGAUGGGCUACCUGCCCUCCGAACCCUUCACACAGGAGUUCUCCGCCUCGUCACCGUCCAGUAGCGGACACCCGACGGCUCGCUCCAGCUUCCCGCAGUUACAUCAGCCCGGUGCUUCGACACGAAGAUCUCCGCUCAUCAACAUCGGCACCUAUCUGAGAUGCUCCACCAUCGACGCCGAAGUAGAGUCAUUCCUGCAACAUGGUGAUGGAAAGAAGCAGAUCAUCUCGAUUGGCGCAGGCAGCGACAGCCGCUACUGGCGCAUCAUGGCGAAUGUCAACCUGUCCGAACGCUUGCAUCACUAUGUCGAGAUCGACUUUGCCGAGAACGCCAAUCAGAAGCUCUCACGUAUCCUGAGAAGCUCCGUACUGCGAGCUUCUCUGGACGCAGAUACGAACGUUCAGGGCGUACCGCUCACCGAACUCCCUCAGCCGCAUGUGGAGAGCCGAACAGAUUCUAAGCGCUUCGACGUGAUUCGCUCGUCCAAAUACUCCCUUCUCGCUGCGGACGUGCGAAAUCUCUAUGCCGACAUUCCUCCGUCUGAGCGUAUCGACCUCGAACAGCUUCUAGGCUCGGCAAGUACGGGAUUGGAUCAAACACUGCCGACACUCAUCCUCUUCGAGUGCGUUCUGGCCUACAUCGCACCCGACAAAGCCGACUGGCUGAUCAAGACUCUCGGUCAACGAUUCACAGACAUCCAAGCGCUGAGCUACGACAUCGCUCUCGCAGGGGAUGCAUCUGAUUCAGCACCCACAAGAAGCGGCCUCGGUCGGGCCGACGAUAUCGACACAGCCGGAAAAGCCGAUAUCUUCACAUCUGCCAAGACUGCAUCACAAUCUCCUGCACCGCCAUCACGCUUUGGCAAAGUGAUGGUGCAGAAUCUCGAGUACACUAUUCGGCUUUCCAUCAUUCGAAGCAGCGCGAUCGGCAUCGGCGAACAUCGAUCAGAAACGAUCCCAGGAAUCUGGACCUGGUCGGGUAAGACCUGUCAUGGCUUCCAUCCGAAGCUAGACCGAGGUCGGAAUAUCAUUGUCGGAGAUGCAGACUCGCUCACUCACUCCGACUUCGCUCGAGAGGAUCGCAUCGUCCCGAGAACCCGGUUACGACGCAUUGCGACGAUGACCAUCCUGUCCCACCGGCGAGUGCUGAAGCACCGGCGAGUCGUCUCCCAUCCAGGACCUGCAAUCGAACACGUCGGCCAACACAAUGUCCGACUCGCCGAGCCAUCUUUCUUGCACCUGCUAUAG